UGGUGUCCCCAUGUGAGAUGCUUCUACUGAGGCUCAUAAUAAUAAUGGCCCCUCUUUACUCCUCUUCCUACUGAUUCUUUUAUUUCUCCUCUUCUUUCUCUCUUUCUUGAAAAAAGACUUCUUUUAUCCUUGUAUUCCUUUCUUCUAACGUCUUUUGAGCAUUUUAAGCCAACCCCUUUUCUUUAUUUUGCUUUAUAAUUCAUCAGGGGUUGAGCCAAAUUUUGUAUCAACAGAAACAGCAGCAUGAGAAUGAGAGGAGGUGCUAUAGCUGGUGUUUUUAUGCUUCUUUUGCCUAUUUUCUUUGCUAGUAUUUUCAGCCACGCUUCCCCCACCAUUCUCAAGGAUUUGAAUGCUCCAAAAUUCAGGCACUCACGUCUUGCGAAGAGUGCUUUACAACGCCAAACUUCCAAUGAAGAACAGUCAGAGCUUUGGACGCCUUUGGCGCACCAAGGAUGGAAACCUUGUACCGAAUCUGAUGGUGCCUCCACAGUACCUGAAAAGUCCGAGGGAUACGUUCAAGUGUUCCUUGAUGGAGGACUAAAUCAACAGAGGAUGGGGAUUUGCGAUGCAGUUGUCGUUGCCAAAAUUCUGAAUGCCACACUUGUGAUCCCUCAGUUGGAAGUAAAUCCUGUUUGGCAAGAUUCAAGCUCAUUCAUGGAUAUAUUUGAUGUGGAUCACUUCAUCAAUGUAUUGAAAGACGACGUAUCUAUAGUCAAAGAGUUGCCAGAUGAAUUCGCUUGGAGCACACGAGAAUAUUAUGGCACAGCUAUUCGACCUACAAGAAUCAAGACUGCUCCAGUUCAUGCUUCAGCAAAUUGGUACUUAGAGAAUGUUUCACCUGUCCUACAGAGUUACGGAAUUGCUGCCAUAGCGCCAUUUUCUCAUCGGCUGACAUUCGACAACAUGCCCAAAUACCUCCAACACCUACGAUGUAAAGUCAACUUUCAAGCAUUGGCCUUUGUUCCUCACGUCAGACAUCUCGGGGAUGCCCUUAUCAAUCGCCUCAGGAAUCCUCCUAGUGAAGGCAACAUGGUUAGUAACAACUACCUCAGAGAAGUUACCGAUCUUAAGCCCAAACAAGGAGCAGGCAAGUUUGCUGUUCUCCACCUUCGCUUCGACAAGGAUAUGGCAGCUCAUUCAGCUUGUGAUUUUGGUGGUGGCAAGGCUGAAAAUUUGGCUCUAGCUAAAUACCGGCAAGUAAUUUGGGGAGGAAGGGUCAUCAACUCUCAGUUUACUGAUGAAGAGUUAAGGAGUCAAGGACGGUGCCCAUUGACCCCAGAAGAAGUUGGCUUGCUGCUGGCAGCUUUGGGAUUCGACAACAGCACUCGCCUAUAUCUUGCCUCCCAUAAGGUUUUUGGCGGGGAACGCCGUAUUUCGGCCUUGAGAAAUUUGUUUCCCCUGAUGGAAGACAAAAAGAGCCUUGCAUCUUCUGAGGAAAGAGCUCUUAUCAAAGGAAAGGCUUCCUUAUUAGCUGCAGUUGAUUAUUAUGUCGGCAUGCACAGUGAUAUAUUUGUUUCUGCCUCCCCUGGAAAUAUGCACAACGCGAUGGUGGGACAUAGAACAUACAACAAUAUGAAGACAAUAAGGCCAAACAUGGCAUUAUUAGGCCAGCUAUUCCUGAAUAAGACACUGACUUGGCCUGAGUUUCAAGAAUCAGUAGUUGAAGGCCACAAAAACAGACAAGGGCAAAUUAGACUUCGCAAACCAAAGCAAUCCCUUUAUACAUAUCCUGCUCCUGAUUGCAUGUGCCAAGCUUGAAAGUUACUACUGAGAUUUUAAUAUAGAUCUGUAUUGUUUGGACCUCAAAUUAUUGUUUAUUAUGCCUAUGUAAUAGUUAAAUAAGAUGCCACCCCUUUGUUUACUUAUAGGAGUAUUUAUGUGUUACCACGUGAGUUUUACUUUAGGGGUGGAAUAUGUGUACAAUAUAUGUAUUACUCCUAUGAAGAGUGCAUAUACAGAUAGUAGUAUUCUAGUUUAAAGAUAUUUUACUAUGUAUGUCAGUUCUGUAGACUAUUUUAAAGGGUGUUUCAUUUUGGUAUGUAGAGGUCGAUAAUUAUCAAAUGGCAGCCAGUAUAUUGUAUUUUUACUUAA